CAUGCACAGUCUGGUCCCAGUUUCCUGAGUGCAACCACGCAGAUGUGGCCAUCCCUGCUGCUGAUCCCUGACAGUCUAUGGCACGGGUGUCAAACUGGCGGCCUUCCAGCUGUUGCCAAACUACAAGUCCCAUGAGGCAUUGCAAGAUUGACCGUUACAAGCAUGACUCCCAAAGGCAGAGGCAUGAUGGGACUUGUAGUUUGGCAACAGCUGGAGGGCCGCCAGUUUGACACCCCUGACCUAGACGUUAACCUCUUCCCAGCCAGUGUCAUUAGUACAGUGACAGUGUAUAGUAUUGUCACUGAAGAUGUCAGUGGGAGUUAGCAGAGGCAUGAUGGGACUUGUAGUUUGGCAACAGCUGGAGGGCCUCCAGUAUGACACCCCUGGUCUAUG